GAUAUUGGAUGUUGGACAGAUGUAUAAUAUUGUUUUGUUCUUGUGACUGUGUCAAACCUCUGUGACCUUCUUCACUUCUUCCCUACAGCUAGUGACCCCCAUGACACGCACGCACGCAUACGUCCUCAUCAACCAAUCACAUCCCUGUAUUGAUACGAGGAAGAGCCAAGGAUGAAGAAACCUAUAUAUUGGUGGCGCCACUGUUACGUGACACUUCGACAGGGCUGUGUUUUGUGUGUGGACCAACAACCAACUUCCUUCUCUGACAUCCAGCCGUUGUUUUUGUUUUCCAAUAGGAUAGUUAUUGUUGAACAUCCAGUCUAAGAUUAUCGCUGCUGAAUACAGCAUUGAAGGAUACAGUCGGUAUACAGUUUAACCAAAAGGAAAGGUACAGACAGGGGAGAUGCUGUGUUCCCAGCUGCAGGUGUUACUGGUGGCUCUAUCUGCCUCAGUGUUCCUGGCGAGGGUCAGCGCCGCUCCACACAGAGACAUGCUAGCUGAACUACUGAGGGCAGAUGCAUCCAAGGGCAACGAGGAUCUCUCCCGCACCCUCCUGCUGAAGAUAAUGUCGGACCUGAUGAGCACAGCCGUGGGAGAGAACGAGGUACUACCGGACCUGGAGGAGGCACUCGGGGUGAGGGAGGAAGUGGUGCGCCAGCUACCCCUCUCCCAUCGGGAACGCAAGGCUGGAUGCCGGAACUUCUUUUGGAAGACAUUCACAUCGUGUUAACUUGCCAAGCAGCCUCUUCUUUGUGCUGGAUCAUUUGAAGACAUAUUUCUUGCAAUGUCACAAAUGUAAAAUGACAGCUACUAUUUUUUUUUGCACUGUUCAUUAUCAAUUAAAAGGCCUAGAAUGA